AUGUGGAUAGUGGUCUCGGCCCAGGUGGAGUGUGUAUUGGGGGUACAGUGUGGUCUCGGCCCAGGAGCAGUGUGUAUUGGGGGUACAGUGUGGUCUCGGCCCAGGAGCAGUGUGUAUUGGGGGUACAGAGUGGUCUCGGUCCAGGUGCAGUGUGUAUUGGGGGUACAGAGUGGUCUCGGCCCAGGUGCAGUGUGUAUUGGGGGUACAGUGUGGUCUCGGCCCAGGAGCAGUGUGUAUUGGGGGUACAGUGUGGUCUCGGCCCAGGAGCAGUGUGUAUUGGGGGUACAGAGUGGUCUCGGCCCAGGUGCAGUGUGUAUUGGGGGUACAGUGUGGUCUCGGCCCAGGAGCAGUGUGUAUUGGGGGUACAGUGUGGUCUCGGCCCAGGUGCAGUGUGUAUUGGGGGUACAGUGUGGUCUCGGCCCAGGUGCAGUGUGUAUUGGGGGUACAGUGUGGUCUCGGCCCAGGAGCAGUGUGUAUUGGGGGUACAGUGUGGUCUCGGCCAAGGAGCAGUGUGUAUUGGGGGUACAGAGUGGUCUCGGCCCAGGAGCAGUGUGUAUUGGGGGUACAGAGUGGUCUCGGCCCAGGUGCAGUGUGUAUUGGGGGUACAGUGUGGUCUCGGCUCAGGAGCAGUGUGUAUUGCUGGUACAGAGUGGUCUCGGCCCAGGAGCAGUGUGUAUUGGGGGUGCAGUGUGGUCUCGGCCAAGGAGCAGUGUGUAUUGGGGGUACAGAGUGGUCUCGGCCCAGGAGCAGUGUGUAUUGGGGGUACAGAGUGGUCUCGGCCCAGGAGCCGUGUGUAUUGGGGGUACAGAGUGGUCUCGGCCCAGGUGCAGUGUGUAUUGGGGGUACAGAGUGGUCUCGGCCCAGGUGCAGUGUUUAUUGGGGGUACAGAGUGGUCUCGGCCCAGGUGCAGUGUUUAUUGGGGGUACAGUGUGGUCUCGGCCCAGGUGCAGUGUGUAUUGGGGGUACAGUGUGGUCUCGGCCAAGGAGCAGUGUGUAUUGGGGGUACAGUGUGGUCUCGGCCAAGGAGCAGUGUGUAUUGGGGUACAGAGUGGUCUCGGCCCAGGUGCAGUGUGUAUUGGGGGUACAGUGUGGUCUCGUCCCAGGAGCAAUGUGUAUUGCUGGUACAGAGUGGUCUCGGCCCAGGAGCAGUGUGUAUUGGGGGUACAGUGUGGUCUCGGCCCAGGAGCAGUGUGUAUUGGGGGUACAGUGUGGUCUCGGCCCAGGAGCAGUGUGUAUUGGGGGUACAGUGUGGUCUCGGCCCAGGAGCAGUGUGUAUUUGGGGUACAGUGUGGUCUCGGCCCAGGAGCAGUGUGUAUUGGGGGUACAGUGUGGUCUCGGCCCAGGAGCAGUGUGUAUUGGGGGUACAGUGUGGUCCCGGCCCAGGAGCAGUGUGUAUUGGGGGUACAGUGUGGUCUCGGCCCAGGAGUAGUGUGUAUUGGGGGUACAGAGUGGUCUCGGCCCAGGUGCAGUGUGUAUUGGGGGUACAGUGUGGUCUCGGCUCAGGAGCAGUGUGUAUUGCUGGUACAGAGUGGUCUCGGCCCAGGAGCAGUGUGUAUUGGGGGUGCAGUGUGGUCUCGGCCAAGGAGCAGUGUGUAUUGGGGGUACAGAGUGGUCUCGGCCCAGGAGCAGUGUGUAUUGGGGGUACAGAGUGGUCUCGGCCCAGGAGCCGUGUGUAUUGGGGGUACAGAGUUGUCUCGGCCCAGGUGCAGUGUGUAUUGGGGGUACAGAGUGGUCUCGGCCCAGGUGCAGUGUUUAUUGGGGGUACAGAGUGGUCUCGGCCCAGGUGCAGUGUGUAUUGGGGGUACAGUGUGGUCUCGGCCAAGGAGCAGUGUGUAUUGGGGGUACAGUGUGGUCUCGGCCAAGGAGCAGUGUGUAUUGGGGUACAGAGUGGUCUCGGCCCAGGUGCAGUGUGUAUUGGGGGUACAGUGUGGUCUCGGCCAAGGAGCAGUGUGUAUUGGGGGUACAGUGUGGUCUCGGCCAAGGAGCAGUGUGUAUUGGGGUACAGAGUGGUCUCGGCCCAGGUGCAGUGUGUAUUGGGGGUACAGUGUGGUCUCGUCCCAGGAGCAAUGUGUAUUGCUGGUACAGAGUGGUCUCGGCCCAGGAGCAGUGUGUAUUGGGGGUACAGUGUGGUCCCGGCCCAGGAGCAGUGUGUAUUGGGGGUACAGUGUGGUCUCGGCCCAGGAGCAGUGUGUAUUUGGGGUACAGUGUGGUCUCGGCCCAGGAGCAGUGUGUAUUGGGGGUACAGUGUGGUCUCGGCCCAGGAGCAGUGUGUAUUGGGGGUACAGUGUGGUCCCGGCCCAGGAGCAGUGUGUAUUGGGGGUACAGUGUGGUCUCGGCCCAGGAGUAGUGUGUAUUGGGGGUACAGAGUGGUCUCGGCCCAGGUGCAGUGUGUAUUGGGGGUACAGUGUGGUCUCGGCCCAGGAGCAGUGUGUAUUGGGGGUACAGAGUGGUCUCGGCCCAGGAGCAGUGUGUAUUGGGGGUACAGAGUGGUCUCGGCCCAGGAGCAGUGUGUAUUGGGGGUACAGAGUGGUCUCGGCCCAGGUGCAGUGUGUAUUUGGGGUACAGUGUGGUCUCGGCCCAGGAGCAGUGUGUAUUGGGGGUACAGAGUGGUCUCGGCCCAGGAGCAGUGUGUAUUUGGGGUACAGUGUGGUCUCGGCCCAGGAGCAGUGUGUAUUGGGGGUACAGUGUGGUCUCGGCCCAGGAGCAGUGUGUAUUGGGGGUACAGUGUGGUCUCGGCCCAGGAGCAGUGUGUAUUGGGGGUACAGAGUGGUCUCGGCCCAGGAGCAGUGUGUAUUGGGGGUGCAGUGUGGUCUCGGCCCAGGAGCAGUGUGUAUUGGGGGUGCAGUGUGGUCUCGGCCCAGGUGCAGUGUGUAUUGGGGGUACAGAGUGGUCUCGGCCCAGGAGCAGUGUGUAUUGGGGGUACAGAGUGGUCUCGGCCCAGGAGCAGUGUGUAUUGGGGGUACAGAGUGGUCUCGGCCCAGGUGCAGUGUGUAUUGGGGGUACAGAGUGGUCUCGGCCCAGGAGCAGUGUGUAUUGGGGGUACAGAGUGGUCUCGGCCCAGGUGCAGUGUGUAUUGGGGGUACAGUGUGGUCUCGGCCCAGGAGCAGUGUGUAUUGGGGGUGCAGUGUGGUCUCGGCCCAGGUGCAGUGUGUAUUGGGGGUACAGAGUGGUCUCGGCCCAGGUGCAGUGUGUAUUGGGGGUACAGAGUGGUCUCGGCCCAGGAGCAGUGUGUAUUGGGGGUACAGAGUGGUCUCGGCCCAGGUGCAGUGUGUAUUGGGGGUACAGAGUGGUCUCGGCCCAGGAGCAGUGUGUAUUGGGGGUACAGAGUGGUCUCGGCCCAGGUGCAGUGUGUAUUGGGGGUACAGAGUGGUCUCGGCCCAGGUGCAGUGUGUAUUGGGGGUACAGAGUGGUCUCGGCCCAGGAGCAGUGUGUAUUGGGGGUACAGAGUGGUCUCGGCCCAGGAGCAGUGUGUAUUGGGGGUACAGAGUGGUCUCGGCCCAGGAGCAGUGUGUAUUGGGGGUACAGAGUGGUCUCGGCCCAGGUGCAGUGUGUAUUGGGGGUACAGAGUGGUCUCGGCCCAGGAGCAGUGUGUAUUGGGGGUACAGAGUGGUCUCGGCCCAGGUGCAGUGUGUAUUGGGGGUACAGAGUGGUCUCGGCCCAGGAGCAGUGUGUAUUGGGGGUACAGAGUGGUCUCGGCCCAGGUGCAGUGUGUAUUGGGGGUACAGAGUGGUCUCGGCCCAGGAGCAGUGAAUAAAAGGUGUCCAGUAAAUGAACUACUGGUGUUCGAUGGGGAGGAAAAAAACAACUUGAACUGUGUUGCCUUUAUUUUCUCCCCUCAGUCUUUUCUCUGUGUGCUGUUCUGUUACAUUGUACAUUUUAUAAGUACUGACGAACAUG